GAGGAGCUCGUGUCACGCAGUUCUCUUCACUAUCAGUUCUGAGUCUGACUUCUGAGUGAGGUUAAGACAUCUAGGAUAAGAUUUGGGUUUUGAUAUUAAUGUAAGGUAAAAUUAUAUUUUUGUCGUAUCUAUCGAUCAACACUAACGAAUUAAAAUUUUGGAAGUACAGUUCAGUAAGAAUCAACAAUUUUGUUGUUGUGUACAAGUUGUUGUAUUCAGAUGUGUACAACCGGUUUGUCAGUUUGUUUAGAGUAGGUCUGUUACAACUUAUUGCUCAUAUUAUUUUUGAAUCAGCUCAUAGUAACUUCAUGGCUCUCCAGGUGGAACAACUUGUGGCCAAGUACCGCGCAGUGAGCCAGUUCCCAGCACUAACUGCGGCUCGGAUACUUCGCAGAGAGGGAGAUCAACUCACAGUUACGUCGACAUGGAGUCAACGUUGUCUGGAGAAGGGCAAAAACACCAAGUUCUGUCAGACACACCUAGUCCAAGGAAAGUCAGUCAUCCACACAUCCCCCAUUGAUACAUCCACCGAGUUGUUGUCUGCGUUCUCACCAUCUGGCACAAGCUGUGCGGUGCUGCGCGAGUUCACUCAACCUGAUGGUGGCAGCAAGAAGCAGCACCUGGAGAUCUGGGCAGACAAUCGGCUCUCACAGUUGGUUGACCUGACACUGGCUGACCAGCAUGGCGAGGUCUACACAAGUGGAGAGUUCUGCUGUCUAGAGUGGUCGCCUUGUGAGAAGAAGCUUUUGUAUGUGGCUGAGAAAAAGCAACCAAAGGCAGAACCAUUCUAUCCAAGCAAGCCCAUAGAUAAGGAUUCUGUCAUACCAGAGGAAAAACUUCCUAAAAAGGGAGAGGAGUAUGUAUACAGACAAGACUGGGGUGAGACCUUGGCAGGCAGACACCAUCCGGUGUUGUGUGUGUGUGACCUAGUGACUGGCACAGUCACCACGCCAGACGGUAUACCGGAUGACCUCUCUGUUGGUCAGGCAUUGUUUGUACCAGACGGUAUAGUGGGCGUGGGUUGGUGUCACGAACCGCGCCGGCUCGGCAUCGUCUUCUGCACAAACAGACUCAGUUACGUGUUCCACCUCACUGAAGACGGCACUUUCGUGAAGCUAUCAGGAGAAGGUCUGGGUGCACAUUCACCGCGUUUGUCUCCAAACCGAGACUAUCUGGUGUGGCUACAGCGGCCGGCCCAAGGACCCCACCACGGUUGUCACCAGCUCGUAAAGGCGGUGUGGGGGGCUCUGCCCCACCCGUUAGUACCUAUGGUGGCCUUCCGUGUUCAGUGUGCUAGCGGCCACGAGUUCUACGGCCUGUACUGCCAGUCACUGCCAUCCAGAUGUUUUGUGGACAACUCCACUCUUCUGCUCAGCACGGUGCAGCAGACUGUGGCACACUCAUACGUUGUAAACACAGAGACUGGAGACCUGUACCAAGUAGAGAACGAGCGAGGCAGCCUGGUCGUGGUAGACGUGUACGAGAACACAGUUCUGUGCAGUUCUACCCAGGUGGAUACUCCAACUGGUCUGUUACUGGGAGAGGUCUCGGGCCACUCUGUACUGUUACGGUCUCUUCUACAGCGAGAGCCCAUCCCUCUGCCAGAUUCCAAGCCUGGACUGCGGGUGUUCCAAUUGAAGGCAGAGGGCCAGGACUCUGUCAGUAACUACAAUGCUAUCUACUACGGGCCUAUGGACGGGGAAGCUAAAAGUGUUCCCCUGAUUGUUUGGCCACAUGGCGGUCCCCAUAGCAGCUUCUUCGAAUGCUACAGUGUCUUCAACCAGUUCUUCAUCAGUGCUGGUUUUGCAACACUGCAGGUGAACUACCGUGGCUCUACAGGUCAGGGUCAGGAAUCUGUGGACUUUCUGCCUGGCCGGGUUGGCAACACUGAUGUGAAGGACUGCCACCAGGCCACAUUGACCACACUGCACGCACUACCCUGCCUGGACCCUGACAGAGUGGUACUGUACGGCGGCUCUCACGGUGGCUUCCUGGUCACCCACCUAAGUGGCCAGUAUCCGGACUUUUACAAAGCCGUAGCGGCACGUAAUCCUGUCGUAGACCUGAUCUCGGCAUUUCACCUCUCCGACAUACCGGACUGGGCUGCUGUCGAGGGAGGGUUCCUGUACACAGGCAAGGAGCAGGUAGAGAUGACGGCUGAGUUCUACCAGAAACUGCGAAGUGUCUCUCCCAUACAGUACGCUGACAAGGUGAAAGCACCCACCCUUCUGUCCAUCGGGAAGAAAGAUCUGAGAGUGCCACCAUCACAAGGGAUUCUGUAUUACCACACCUUGAAAACCUACAACAUACCCUGCAAGAUGAAUGUGUACGAUGACAAGCACUCUCUGAUGACAGUCCCUGCGGACAUAGACUCCACCAUCAACGCUGUUCUGUGGUUCCAGAAGCACCUUGCCUCCAAGGCGUAGAUAUACUUUCCAGUGACAGAGAAUUCUUGAACAUCAGGCUCAAACUUGCCUUACAAUAACAAGGAGAAGAAGUGUUUGUGGAUUAUGUGUACGACUGUUAUAUGCGUAUUAACUGAUAUAGUAAACACAGUUUGGUGAUGAAAGCAAUAGUGUAGUUGUUAUCUCCUUCAGUUAGUUUUGUUGGUUUUAGUAGGAAAGUAUUAAAUAAAAUUUGGUACCGAUUCAAAGUUACUUCCAUUGGAGUAAUAUUUAUAACCAGUAAUGACGUGUAUUUUUAUUUGCAUUUACUUUGUCCAAAUUGUUUAAUUUUAUUAAUAUCCUUUUUGAAUAUUGAGGUAGGCAGGUCAACUGUAUAAGAUGUGCUCUGCUUCAUUUUUAUAUUCUGUUGUAUUAAACUGCCAUGUAAGUGCCAUUACAUAGUUUUUGAUAUCAGGAAUAUAUUUUACAAAUGUUAA